UCGGUUUAAUUUCUUCUUUUCGCUCCCGAGAUAAUAGAUACAUACAUAUUAUACAUAUAUAUACCACUUUUCAUGCCAUCUUUCGUUUUUACUUUACUUUAUAUCAUAUUCUCAUUUUUCUCCCUUUCUUAUAAGAUCUUCUGUCAGUCUUUUCUAUCUCUCUUCUCUUCUCUUCUCUUCAACAACCCCCUCCUUCUAAAGCUUCUCUCUUUCUUCCCGGUGUUCGUAUAUUUCAAGUUUUCGCGUUUCUUUUUCAUCUGGGUGCUUUUUUUUUUUUGGCUUCAAUAACUGAAACAACUGUCUUCUGGUGUGUUUUUAAGGAUCUGUCACUAGCACAUAAUCUGGAGGCGCAUGUGUAAACUGGUAUAGCUUCGAGUUAAGAAGCUAAUUGAGGCUUCAGAUCAAGAAACACAAACUAGUUGAAAAGAAAAAGAAGGUUUUUGUCGUGCGGUCACGAGAAACAGAAUUUUUUGUGACAGACAUGGCGACGUACUUUCAUGGUAGCACUUCAGAAAUCCCUUCCUCCGCUGAAGGGUUGCAGACACUUUACCUUAUGAAUCCAAACUACGUACCGUACUCUGACGCGGCGCAACACCCAGCGCAAAACAUGCUCCUCGUCAAUCCCAAUAGCGCCAGUAACACUAGCCCCACUUCCGCCAACGCGCUCAACUUGGGUAACUUCACCCACGCGCCUCCACCGCCAUCUCCCAACAACCACCGUGACCAACAACACAACCACCACCACCACCACCUGAUUGGGCUUACCAUUCCCUCGUCAAACAUCAUCGGAUCCAAUACCGCCGCCGGAGAUCACGCUCGCCCAUCGUUCCUUGGACAACAUGAAUUCUCCGGCUUUCACAGCGGUGCUGCUGCGGCAACAACAGCAUCAACUUCUCGUUCUAACUAUAACUUAUGGGGUUCCAUAUUCGAUCAAUCUGCUUCGAAUAUGGUGACAACAACAAACACCCCAUCUGAAAAUAUAGGGUGUGUUGCUUCCACUGUCAAUCCAUCGACCCAGAUUGGUUUCCACAGGCCGAAUCAUUUGUCGCUAAGCCUUUCUUCACAACAAACACCUUACAGGUCUCUAUCCGGGGACGUUCAUGCUAUAUCACCGGCGAGCCUCGGCGGCGAUGAUAUGAGGGGUUUGCAGAACGGGGUUUCUAACAUGCAUAGUGUUGUUUUGGGUUCCAAGUAUUUGAAAUCAACACAGGAGCUUCUUGACGAAGUUGUGAAUGUGGGGAGGGGAAUCUCGAAAGGGGAGGAAUCUAUGGAAGGGGCUAAGAAAGAGAAGAUGAAGGGGAAUAUUGAAUCAACUUCUGGGGUUGGUGAAGGUUCGAGCUGUGGAGGAGAGAACAAUGAUGGAGGGAAACAAGGAGGUGAGCUCGGCACGGCACAGAGACAAGAGCUUCAGAUGAAGAAAUCCAAGCUUGUGAGCAUGCUCGAUGAGGUGGAGCAAAGGUACCGACAGUAUCACCACCAAAUGCAAAUUGUGGUAACAUCAUUUGAGCAGGCUGCGGGUGUUGGAGCGGCAAAGUCUUAUACAUCCCUUGCGUUAAGGACAAUCUCAAAGCAAUUUCGGUGUCUGAAAGAUGCUAUCUCUUCGCAAAUCAAGACAGCCAGCAAGACCUUGGGUGAAGAUGAUUGCUUAGGAGUUAAGGUAGAAGGUUCAAGACUUAGGUAUGUUGAUCAUCAACUGAGACAACAACGUGCGUUGCAGCAACUAGGAAUGAUCCAACACAAUGCUUGGAGGCCCCAAAGAGGCUUGCCUGAACGUGCUGUUUCUGUUCUUCGUGCUUGGCUUUUUGAGCAUUUCCUGCACCCCUAUCCUAAGGACUCCGACAAGGUUAUGCUUGCAAAACAAACAGGACUUACUCGGAGCCAGGUGUCUAACUGGUUUAUAAAUGCUCGAGUUCGGCUAUGGAAGCCAAUGGUUGAAGAAAUGUACUUGGAGGAGGUGAAGCAGGAACCGAACAAUGGCUCCCAAGACAAUAACAUAAAUAGAUCAAAAGAAAACAACAAGGAGUUAUGGUCAGAAACUAAUGCUGCUACACAAGAAUCUGGUGGCAUGAGACUUAAUCAAAUUAAUGUUCUCCAAUCAAAGACAGAAAGUUUCAACAAUAACCAAACCACUUCCCCAACAGAGAUCUCCAAUUCUAAUUCACUCUCAACAUCUCCAAUGGGAGGUGGAGGAGGAGGAGGAGGAGGAGGGUCUCUCCAAUCUGGUUUCCAUCUCGGGGACAUGCAAAGUCCAAACAAACCAAGAAGCACUUCUGAAAUGCAAAACUCUCCUGGUAGUAUCCUUUCAGUGGACAUGGAAAUGAAGCCUCAUCAUGGAGAGACAAACACCAGAGAAGGAACCAACACAAAGUUUGGCAUUGAAAACCAUGGAGGGGGUUUUGGAGCAUUUCCCAUGGAAGAUAUUGGAAGGUUCCAUCAUGUCACUGAACAACUGGCUCCAAGGUUUCAUGGAAACGGAGUUUCUCUCACUCUUGGACUUCCACACAGUGAGAAUCUUACCCUCUCGGGAACUCAGCAUGGAUUCCUCUCUCCGAAUAUGCAUUUGGGAAUGAGAACAACCAAUGAAAAUGAGUUUUGUGGUGCCAUGAACACCCCACCUUCUUCUCAUUCAGCGACCAGUUAUGAUAACAUCGACAUCCAAAACAGAAAGAGGUUCGCUGCGCAGUUGUUGCGGGAUUUCGUGGCCUGAGAAUUGAUUAUUAACUCGCUAGCUAGGAUAAUGAGAUACCCCACAAAGGAUAUGAAGAAUUUUCUUUUUCUGAUGUUGCAAUAUUCCACACAACACAAUGCAGUUCAGAGUGUUUUCUCACGACACACUAACUUAGCAGAAGAAAGUUAGCAAGGAAAAAGAAACAACAAAAGAAAUGGAGAAGCAUAUAUGAAUGUUUGUUCAAACCCGAGCACUGCUUAAUUAAGUCACGUGCAUGUCCUAGCAUGGGAGGGAAAUAAAUUGCUCCAAUGUAUAAAAGUGGAAACUGCUCUAAGAUUAUAUAUAUAUAUAUAU